AUGCAAAAACUCAACACCUACGAGGCAACUCCUUGGGUAGCAGGAUAUCAAUGUUGCAUAGUGAUUUAUACUUUCAUCAGUUUCGGACUCAUUUUGGUUUCGGUGUUCAAUUAAUCAAUACUCAUGGAUUCUGUAUGUUAAAAUGAUAUAUAAUCAAGGCACCACAAUUUUACUCAGAUUGGGAUAAUAAGUUUAUAGAAGAUUUAAAGAUCUAAGACUCCUGUGAUGAAGGUUAUGUAAAUAUGUUAAAUUUCACAUGGCCUGGUACAGAACUUGGAUGUGAUUGUACUUAAUCAAAUGGAACAGGUCCAUACAAAUAUUCUAAGUAAAAAAAAAAUAAAUAUAAAGUUAUUAUUAUAUGGAAUGCAGUGAGUUUAUGUUAGCUGAGAAUUGCCAACCAGUUGAACCAAUAUAUGAAUAGUAAUUCUAACAUUGGCCAUUUAUCGAUUAAACUUCGGUUAAAGGUAAUUAAAAUGAUUUAUCUUAAGCUUUCAAAUUGUGUGCAAAAUAGAGCACUUCAACAGUAAUAGAAGCAUUCUAGAUAGAAGAUGCUGAUGAAGGAUAUAAAAAAUGUGGAAAUGUUUAUCAAGUUCCAUCUGAUGAAUUAUGUCCAAUAAGUGAUUUUACUAUAUCUACAGAUUCAACUGGAGAGGCCAUUGGAACUACUGGAUUGUAUCUGAAAAUUCAAAGAAUUCAAAAGGAAGAAAUACCAUUAAUAGGAUUUACAAUAGGAUUUAGUAAAUAAUAUUGUAAAACUAUUAUUAGAUUCAAUAUGUUAUUCAACAUCAGAAAUUUAUUAGUUUUAGUAUUUAGAUAAGAUGAUAAAUUAUCAUUGUUAUGAUAAUGAUGAGAGAUAUGUACGUUUAACAAAUGAUAUGUCUUAUAGUGAUUUAUUAUUUGUAAAUGAAGUAAAAGAAGAAUAUAAUUAAUUGUAUAAAAAUGCAGUUAUUGAAAGCAGAAGUAUAAUAUAAAAAUAAUAGUAGAUGUUAAUUUGUUUUACAAGUAGCUAACUCAAUUUUAUUAUAAUUCAUCAUAAUUAUGUUAAGCAGAAGAUCUAGAAUUUAUUUACAAUUUAAAUGCAUACAUUAAUGAUAAUGUAAUGGAUGUAUAAUUGGCUGCUUAAGUAAUAGUGGGAAUUUAAGCAGGAGUAUUUGGAUUCUUAAUUCCAUUAGUAUCAGCAAUAUCUUUAGUUGGUUGUAAUUUUAAAUAUGCAAAUUUGAACAGAAAAAGUUCACAUUAUAAAGACUUAUUUGGAUUCUGGUUGGGAGUCAAGUUGAUAUGUGAGACUUUGUGUACUAUUAUCUUGGCUGCUGAUAUGGGAUACUAAUAAUAAAUGAUGAAUCACUUCUAUGAUUUCAUUAAUGCUGAUUGUUCUGAUAGAUUUUCUUUAUAAGAGAUGAGUAAUUUCUAUAGUGAGUAUGAAAUCAAGGUAUAUAAUUAUGUACUUUUGAAUUUCAUCCUUUGUAUAAUUACUAAUGUAAUUGAUUUAUAUGCUACUUAUCUUAUGUGUAGAGAUAAACAUAAAGAAGGAACCUAUUUAAAGAAUAGUGAGCAUUCUCAUCUUAAAAAUUUCACUUCUACUCAUCCUGAUGAAUUACUCAAUAGAACUAAGGUAUAACCUUAAUCAGAAAUCAAAUAACAACAAAGAGAGAAUCAAUAGAAAAGAUAAUUUGAAGAUGUUGAAAUACCAGGUGAUGAUAUGCCAAAACCACAUAAACCUGAGAAUUGA